GACUCACCAAUGAGAUAAAAGUAGAGGCGGGCCCCUGGCGGCUUGGUUUGUAUGUGUGUCUCCAAGAGCGGUUUGCUGUGGUCCCAUUGGCGCAGGUGAUCGGUGUCGGGAUGUGAGAGUACCGCGGUGGAGAAGGGAAGAGAGGGAACGUUCUGAUGGAGAAGUGUCUAGGGCUGGAUUUGAAAUAAUAAUAAUUAAAAAAAAGGAUACCAUCCACCUUCGAUCCGCACUGGAACACUCGACGAUGAACGCUUCACCGAAAGGGGCACUUUGAGCUACGAUGAGGUUAACUUCCGGUGGGGAAUAGUACUAUGAUUUGGUAUGUGGCCACUUUGAUAGCAAGUGUUUUCAGCAGCCGAGGAACGGCCGCUCAAGGUGCCCACGGAGUGCGAGAGGAACCCCAGUUUGUGACGGCGCGUGCGGGAGAGAACGUCAUCCUGGGAUGCGAUGUGUCCCAUCCCUUGAACGGCCAGCCCUAUGUGGUGGAGUGGUUCAAGUAUGGAAUGCCAAUCCCCUUCUUCAUCAACUUUCGUUUUUACCCUCCUCAUGUGGACCCGGAGUAUGCUGGCCGGGCCAGUCUAUAUGGCAAGUCCUCCCUGCGGAUAGAAAACGUCCGUUCAGAUGACCAAGGCUGGUAUGAGUGCAAGGUGCUGAUGCUGGAGCAACAGUAUGACACUUUCCACAAUGGCAGCUGGGUGCAUCUAACUGUCAAUGCGCCUCCCACAUUCACAGACACGCCACCUCAGUACGUUGAGGCCAAGGAGGCCGGGAGCAUCACUUUGACCUGCAUGGCCUUUGGCAACCCCAAACCCUCGGUCAGCUGGCUGCGGGAAGGCAAUCUCAUGGUCACUAGUGCCAAGUACAAGGUAUUUGAUGGGAGUUUGACGGUGCUAUCCAUCACUCGAGAGGAUCGUGGUGCCUAUACAUGUCGAGCCUUUAGCCCCCAAGGAGAGGCCAUUCACACCACACGGCUGCUAGUUCAAGGCCCUCCGUUCAUUGUGUCGCCGCCAGACAACAUUACAGUCAACAUCUCGCAGGACGCCUUCUUCACCUGCCAGGCGGAGGCCUACCCUCGGAACCUUACCUACACCUGGUUCUGGGAGGAGGAUAAUGUCUUCUUCAAGAAUGACCUAAAGCGCAGGGUCAGUGUUCUGAUCGAUGGCUCCCUCAUCAUUGCCCAAGUCAAGCCGGAGGAUGCUGGGAAAUACACUUGUGCUCCUAGCAACAGCCUUGGCCAGCCACCGACUGCCUCUGCCUACCUGAGGGUGCAAUAUCCUGCCCGUGUUGUAAACAUGCCAUCAGUCAUCUACGCGGCCAUUGGUCUGCCAGGCUUUAUCCGAUGUCCGGUAGAUGCCAGCCCACCUGUAACUUUGGUGAAGUGGAAGAAAGACGGUCUUCCUCUGCGGAUAGAUAAGUACCCUGGUUGGAGCCAAAUGGACGAUGGGAGCAUCCGUGUGGCAGAGGUGACAGAGGACUCUCUCGGCACCUAUACCUGCAUGCCUUACAAUGCCCUGGGUUCCAUGGGAUGGUCCCCUCCCGCUCCCUUGGUGCUAAAGGACCCUCCCAAAUUCUCAGUGGUCCCUGGAGGGGAGUACAGACAGGAGGCCGGGAGAGAACUUGUUAUCCCAUGUGAGGCAGAAGGAGACCCAUUCCCUAAUAUAACAUGGAGGAAGGCUUUAUCUGUCCCAUAUUUGGGUGAUCUGCAGGUAGGCAAGUCCAGCAAAAGCAAGCACAAUGUUCUGCCUCGAGGCAACUUACAGUUCAAGUCACUUACAAAGGAGGACCACGGGGAAUGGGAGUGUGUUGCCACCAAUGUUGCUACGAGCAUCACUGCCAGCACGCAUGUCCAAGUCAUAGGCACAAGCCCACACUCCCCCACCAGCGUCCGCGUGGUGGCAUCCUCCACCUGGGCCAACGUGUCCUGGGAGGUGGGCUACGACGGAGGCUACCAGCAGACGCUCUCAGUCUGGUACGGCCAUGUGCUAAAACGGGAGCAUUUGGGCCCACAUGACUGGCUGUCCGUACCGGUGCCAGGAAGCCAGGAGUGGAUGGCGGUGUCUGGUCUGGAGCCCGACACAACGUACCAAUUCAGCGUCCUGGCUCAGAACAAGCUCGGCACAGGUCCCUUCAGCGAGGUUGUCACUGUGAACACAUUAGUAUUUCCCAUUAGUACCCCUGAACCACUGGUGCUGCUAACCCCACCACGGUGCCUCACAGCCAAUCGCACGCAGCAGGGAGUCCUGCUCACCUGGAUCCCACCCGCCAAUCACACAGCACCGAUCCAGCGUUAUAUCAUGGAGUUUCGCUUAGGGGAACGAUGGGAGGUUCUGGAUGACAACAUCCCCUCCGGCGAAACGGAGAUGCUCGCUCGUGACCUCAUCCAGGAAGCCUGGUAUGAGUUCCGUGUCAUGGCUGUCAUGGAUGAGAUGAUCAGUGAGCCCAGCAACAUAGUAGGGGUGUCCAGUACAGACUUCUUUCCACCUCCAGAGUUGGUUGAGGAAUCAGGGUUGGCACGACCAGUCGUGGCUGGUAUUGUGGCCACAAUCUGCUUCUUGGCUGCAGCUGUUCUUUUCAGUACAAUGGCAGCCUGCUUUGUCAAUAAGCAGCGGCGGCGGAAGCUAAAAAGAAAAAAAGAUCCCCCUCUUUCCAUAACCCACUGCAGAAAAAGUAUGGCAUCGCCGCCGUCCUCAGGGAAGGCGAGCCCAGAAAGCAUUCGCUCCAAAGCCUCCUCCCUAGCAGAAUCAUCCGAGGACAGUCAUACCCAACGUGGGAAGAAACCACCUCCAAGUCCCGGGAAGAAGGAGGAGUCUCUGUACAAGAAGACCAAAAGAGCAAUAACCAGCAAGAAGUUCAUCUCGAAGCUUGAAGCUGAAGCAACGACACCCAUUGAACUCAUCAGUCGCGGUCCAGACGGACGCUUCGUCAUCGAUCCCACUGACGCAGAAUUGUCUGUCAAGCCCCGAAGAAUCGAGGGCUUUCCAUUUGUGGAAGAAUCGGAUCUAUAUCCUGAAUUUCGGCAAUCCGACGAAGAGAACGACGAUCUUAGGCCUCUUCCGCCGGUCAUGGCCCCCCUUCGGCCUCACCAGAUUUCACCCAUCUCCAGUCACGAAUCCUACCUCCAGCCUCCAGCCUACAGCCCUCGUUUCCAGAGGCCGUUUGAAGGUAUGACCAUCAUGGAGAGCAGUCGACUUCAGGCCACAGGGCAGAUUCGAGGCUCUCUCCAUCACAGGGCUUUCUAUGGCUACCUAGGCCCCCCCGGGGACCAUGAUCCUCCUCCUCCUUUUUACAUGACUGAUACCAGUCCCCUUAGCUCCGUCAUGUCCUCCCCUCCCUACCUCACCGAAGGUCCGUUUGGUUACCCUAUGAUUCCAGAAGAAAUGGCAGACGCUGAUUUCACACAAUACGCCGUCUCCGGUUACCCUUACCCUCUGACGCUCACUUCGUCUUCCCAUUCACCGGAAUUUUGGCGGGGAAUGGAUUUUACCUUUUCAACUGUGGAGGGGCCCCAAUUCAUUUUUCCGCCCCAGCCCUCUCUGCAUCUCCGCCACGACUCUCCGUAUCCGCCGCCGCCGCCGCCUCAUGUUCUCCCCCUUAGCGCUUUUCAACCCUCCUCCCUCCCGAUGCCUACCUAUCCGUCCGUUUUGUCACUAGAAGGUCCGCAGAGUCACGCAAGCAAGUCUCCCAGCAAGGCCAAGCCUCACGGCUCCCCAGCCAGGCGUUUUGCUAUGCAAGAGGCUCAUUUAGGGCAGCUAAGACAUACGAGCCGCAGUAUGGGUGUUCCGCUUUUGCCUUACACCGAUCCGAUGGCCCACAUUGGCCCAAGCACGUUCAGUAGCCUAGAUACCCGAUGGUUCGAAUCCACCCCCCGUUUUAGCCCCAGACAGGUUCGUAGGAUGGAUCCCGGUGUGCAUCAGGUGGUUCUCCAGCCCUCUCGACUUUCACCUCUCACCCAGAGCCCCUUUAGUUCCCAUGAGGGAUCCCCCGAGAUUGUCGUCCGUCCCCGGCCACGUCCAAACAUUGUUCAAGCUCCCAUACCCCCAGAGAUGUCUGAGAUUACCCUCCUACCUCCUUCCACAGCCACCUUCUCAAGAAGAUCUUCCCCUUCUUCCUCACCUGCACUAGGCCAGGCUAGCAGAAGAGCCAGUCCUAGCUAUCGUUCCCACAUGGCCUUUGCUUCGUCCGCAACCAGCUAUCCGGCUUCCCAGUCCCCGUCACCCCCCAUGGAGAGCAGCAGAAGCAUAUUUGGGCAGGUGCCAUCUCCAAGGAGGACUGAGGAGGAGAUCCUUCCAUCGACUGAGCCUUCUCCACCCCAGUUGUCGGCUUCAGGAAAACGUCGAGGGGCGCCGAGUGUCCUUUCGGGGUCUGAGAGGAUUGACGCUCUGCGAUACCAACGCAUUAGAAAAGCAAAGAAGAUGACGAUGAAUAACAAUAAUUCCAAGACUAGGAGGAAAGCAGGUGUCUCCACCUCUCAGACCCAGCAGGCCCACACCUCUCAGGUAUUACAGCCCGAAGAAGCUCUCUACCUCCACAGGAAGAAGAAACGGCUCCUCUUUCAUGACCCAUACACUCGCUUUUCUGCUCUACUGUACCGCCGCCCUCUCCGGGAAGACCAGAGGGCAAUUUUGGCUUGUAUGGACAAUGUAGAACUAGACCACGCCACCUUCCUAUGAAAGUCCGCAAGGGUUUAAGGUCAUGUAGGAUGCGGCUCGACAAAAUCGGCUUCUCUUUGCAAUUUAUUUGCUGCUUGAAGGGGAGGAGCACUCUUUUAGCAUUUAGGUUUGGCGCAACCUGUAAGGUCAACCACAAGGGGCUCGUUUGGAACCGGGACAGAUGAAGGUAAAAAGAAUGAAAUCAGGUCACGAUAAUCUUCCCAAUUUGACUCAACAUCAAGUUGUCCAUGUGUCUGAACGCUGGCCUGUGGAAUCGAUGCUCAAAUAUCUAAGCCUGUUCGCUAUAGGCUCCAAUCACAUUAUUAUUAUUAUUAUUUUUUGAAUGUAGAAGGUCACUGAGGCGCAUGUUUUUCUACACCAGAUGUCUUCUAUUUAUUUUUAUUCCAACAUCAGACUGUUCAGUUUCGAGGUAUUGAAGCAUCUGCCUAAAAAAAUAUAUAUAUGUAAUGCUACAUUUUCCGCGUCAAAACCCAUACUGAAAAUGAAUGGACAAUAUUUUCCAAGUUCUUAACUAUUUCAAAAUUCUCCCUUUGCUUAAAAUACCACAUUUUCACCUUAAACCUUGACCUUAAAGGGGACCUAUUGCUACUUUUCUGACCCGUAAAUGUUGUUAGAAUGUCGUAUUCUCGUGUUAAACUAUCAUAGUUUUAGAUAAUGACGUUUGCGCAUUUGGAAGCGAGCCCUGAAAGAAAAUCGUGAUGGCUGAAAACGCUCGGUUUCAGAGAGUUUUUGUGACGUUAAUGCGAUCUGACGUCCUUAAAUGGGCUGCAGAUUGCCACCACUCAGUAAAUCUGGAAGUCCUCGGGAGCGCUUGUGAGUCUGACCAAUCACAGCCGAGUGGGUGUGCCGGUGGUGGAAUAAAUUCAACAGAGGUGCAGAAUCUGGAAGCUCUUGAAAGCUUUCUGUGCGAGGUUAUUGUGUGUAGCUGCUCUAUAGGAGUCCACAACUGAAAAUGAGCAUAAUAGGUCCCCUUUAAGAAUGACGUACUACUUCCACAUGUCAUAACCAAUUCACAACAUUCCAACACCAAAACAUUCAACUCAUCCAGCUCAUCCGUGAUAUCUAUUUCCCUUAUUAUCCUCCAAAUUCCCACAUUUCUUAACCAUUCCAGUAUCAAAACAUUCGGGCCAGAAAUGUUCCGUAUCCCAAACAUUCCCACUUUAACCACAAUUCUGCAAUUUUCAUAGAGCGUUUCAGUUUGCAUUCACGCUACAGAAAUUGCCUUCUCUAGUUAUUAUUAUUAUUAUUAUUAUUAUAAUCAAAACCAUUUACUCCAGUACAGAAAACAUUCCACUCUUGCACUCCUGCAUCAAGAGAGUCCGGCACCCUAAAAAGUAGUGUAGUACUUAGUACUUAGUCGUGUUUUUAGUUUCGGUUCUGCUGCUUAGGUACUAUAGAGGGCUCAAGAUCCUAACCGGAAUAAUCUACUCUUAAGGCAAAAACAGCUCCAAAGCGACACUACACAAUGGAUGCCAGGAUUUUGUGCCAUAAUUACGGAACUUUUCCACAUUUUAGGAAGAAUCAAGGGUAAACGGUUUUCUUUGAAUGCCUGCUUCACUUCACUUUAAAUCUGCUGAGAUGUUUUUCUGUGAAUGUAUUUGACACUUUUGUAUGCGGUCUCCGUACUGAGACUAAGAACAGCCGUCCUUUAACAACAAAUACGUGGAAUGAACGCUUUGGGACUAAACCGGAGAAAAAUGAAGUGCCAUAACCGAGACUUCGAUUGAUGACGUGAUAUUUAUGAUAUUAGAUUGAUCUGCAUGACAGGGUUUUCCAUUCGGAAUGAACCGAGGCUGGCUUUACACUGUAAAAGUACUUUUAUUCUCUCUUAAGUUUUGAUAAAACAAGGUGCUCGGUUUCUUAAUAAGACGUAUUCACCUUAGUAAUACAUCCCUAGUCCUCUUUUAUUUUUUUAUAGAAAUAUUCGAUGAUUUUUCACGAUUAUUGAUUGUCUUCUUGUGUGAUUAGCAGUGACGAUUCGACCCCAGCUGCAACGCCAACAAACUAAUAUUCUUAUUUGUCUAAUUAUGUAGUCAAUGCCGCUUGGUUCGAGCCCCGGAUCGUCAGAUAAUGUAGUCAUAAGGUUUUCCAACAAAUCCACACGACUGCAAUACGUUUUUCCGUACUUAUAGUUUACAUUUUAAGUGCCUUUGUUUAUGAUUAAAUACUUCCCAAUGGAUUGAAAUUACAUUUUGCAGACAUGUAGAAUCUACUUAAUAUUGACUGGCAAAUAUACAGGAAGUCCCAAAAGUGCAUACAUAGUACAAUUAUCAAAACUUCAUACUAAUAAUCAAAACUUCAUACUAAUAAUCAAAAUAUCAUAAUAAUAAUUUAAGUUUUAUCGGUUCCAGACCCGACUGCAAUAAGUGUAUUUCCGCAAAGUAGGAUUGAAUAUUCAUAAAUGAAAUAAUUUUGUGGUUAGAGCAUAGAAAAUCUGUUUAUAACCAUUUAAAUACCAUUAUUAGAGCCCUCUAGACAUGAAAUAACACCCCUAUAGUCACCUUUACGCUCGUAUUACCCAAUACAGUAGACGGCAUACAAAAUAACGCCAUCUUAGACGCACGUUAAGACAAGAUAGACUCGCCUUAGCAUUGACAACGUACUUCCUGGUUGGCAUUGUCUCGUUAAUGUAACACGACUGACACCAACAGACCAGUGUAGAGUACUACUGUGGUUUAGGACAUACUCCUGAUGCACUUCAGUCGACCAGUUCAGUUGACCAUUCACACAGGAGCUGCUGUCGGCCACUCUCUACACUGCAAAGCUGCUGCUAGCACUCAGCUAAGAGUCAACUCGUUUACCUCAUAAUAGCAAUUCUAUUCAUCAUUUCAAAUACUCCCAAUGGUAAAUAUGCAUGAAAGUGCUUUGUUGGCAUUGUAGCUGGACUUAGCAUCACACUGCAAAAGAAAGAAGGGCCACCUCUUCCAUCCAGGCAGAUUUCAAGGACGUUUGAACGUAAGCCGCUCGUUUGCGAUGCUUGCUGAGCACGCAAAGUAUGCAAUCAAACCUUCCCACUGGUAUUGAUUAAGAAAAACAGGACUUUGUAUUGAACGUUUCUCUGCUAACCGCGUACGCUUUGUGUCGCCGACAUGACAGAGGUUUGUAGUAACGUGUAGUACAUUGUUGGACGAACGACCGCAUCACUCACAGGAUAUGGAAAUAUUGUUUUACAUACAAGACUGGAAGCAAAGCAUACAUAUUUUUACCGUGUAUGCCAAAUCAAUGCAGUUCUCCCAUAUACUUAUACACAAAACAAAAGGUAGCCCACAUAUUUUAUAGACUAAAAUAUAGUCAACAAAAACAAAUAUAUGUAUAUUAAAAAUAUAUUUUAUCUCUUUAACAACAUUUAGUUUCUGAAUACACAACUUUUAGAUGACCUCAUAAAAUAUACAUAUAAUAACAAGCAAUAUUUUAGAUUUUACAAAAAAAACGUUGCAGAUUCAAUGAAAUCAGUCCAUGGUAUGCAUGUUUAAAAUAUAACAAUAGAAAAUAUAAUCCCUUUUUUACUUUUAUGAUUAACAUUCUUCGUUGGAUGACCUGAUAACUAAAAAUACUCGACAUAUUUCUCCUCAUAAGAUACGUAAAAUUGCAGCAGAAAAAUGAUACAAAGAAAGAACACUGGCAACUUUCAUGCAUUUGAUAUGAAAGUUAAGAAGUUACAACUUAGGGAUGGCCGAUACCGAUACUGCAACAUGACUGUAAUACAUGUGUGUGCAUGUACUUUGCUUAACAUAAACAUAUAAAAAAAUACCAUGUUCAAAUGGUGCAACGAAUAUUAAUAAUACACCAACAGCAAGACUGGAGUGAUGCGGUACUGUUGCUGUUGGUUUUUAUUAGGCAUGAAAUGCACAUAGCGAUUAAGAGCAUUUUUGAUUGGUCACCAGACCUUGACUGAGAAAUGUGAAAUUUUGGACAAAAGUUACAAUGUGAGUCUUAAAAUGAAAUGAAAGCUAAAACUCAACCCUGAACCCCCGAUGUCACUUCCUGUCCGUGCCACCCGGAUCUUAUUUAUGUGUCAAAUGACUUAUUUUCUUUUAGUAUGUUUAGACUUUAGUAUGUAAUAUGAGUGUAAUGGUGACUAUAGGGGUGUUAUUUCAGGUCGCGAGGGCUCUAAUAGUGUUAAAAAAAAAAUUAUUGGUCGUAAACAUUUUUUUUAUGCUCUAAGUACAAAAAUAUUAGAUUUUUUUUAAAUAAGGAAAUGUGGCUGAAUGGUGUUGAGUGGUUAGCGCGCAGGCCACACAGCUCAGAGACCCGAGUUCAAUUCCACCCUCGGCCAUUUCUGUGUGGAGUUUGCAUGUUCUCCAAGUACUCCGGUUUCCUCCCACAUUCCAAAAAACAUGCUAGGUUAAUUGGCGACUCCAAAUUGUCCAUAGGUAUGAAUGUGAGUGUGAAUGGUUGUUUGUCUAUAUGUGCCCUGUGAUUGGCUGGCCACCAGUCCAUGGUGUACCCCGCCUCUUGCCCAGCAAGCAAGACAGCUGGGAUAGGCUCCAGCACCCCUGCGGCCCUCGUUUGAGGAUAAGCGGUAGAAAAUGAAUAAAUUAAUGGUGACUGUAGGGGUGUUAUUUCAAGGCGAGAGGGCUCUAAGAGUGUUAAAAAAAUUUUAGUAGGUCAUAAACAUUUUUUUAUGCUCUAACUACAAAAAUAUUAAAUUUUUUAAUCAGGAAUGCUACUUCUUUGGUCAUGUAUGGAACAAAUUCACAGUGAUAAACGAGGGAUUACUGCAUUUCACACUCAAUGUGCUCCUCAGUUACAUAGCUUACGUUAGGCUAAUUAACCCACACUGUGGGUAGCUGUGCUAGCUACUGUUCACGCCAUGUUGUGCACCAUUCAAGUUAAAUGAAAAAUCAGAACUACUGAUAUUGAUCCAGAGUAUCGGAUCGGACCAUCCCUAAUUAAAAAAAAAAACUUAACAAGACAAAGCUUUAAUAGCCACACAUUUGCCUGCUAAGACAAGUUAUAAACGCAUGGUGCCGUCACUUUGCGGGAGGGGUGGGGUGGGCGGCGGCUCCCUCCUACAGUGUAGUUGGGUAAAAGUAAUUUCAGUGCUGUAUUCGUCUGUUGCAGUCUAGCUUGUGUUCAGUACGUUACAAACAAUGUAAACCUAGACUAGAGUUGAAUUACUGUGAAAAUAUUAUUGAGUAGAGCAGCUCCACGUAGGAAUCAAACACACACACCACAAAUGUUGAAAUGACAUUAGAGUCAGCUGUAUGGUUUAGAAGUUAGGCUCUCUAUGUUUGAACAAACACAGACUUUGAAAAUCUCAGUACUGUAUUAUCACUAAGGACUCCAGAUCUGUGGAGAAUAGCGUCCGGCUUUGGUUUCAUCCGACGCUGGCUGGACACAUUUAGACACUUCAAGGACGUUAGAAAAGUAGGAAAGUAGAAAACCUGGUGCUAGUAUACGCUUGUACAAGUAAAACAUACACUAUGUCUCUCCUGCUUAAUAUAUAAUGUUCAUGAUUUGGGAGUAAACAUACCGUUGUAAAAUACAUUUUCUCUUAAACCUGACAACACGACCUACUAAGGUCGGUACUAACGGUACAUGUGUUCCUAAUCUGAUUUUUUUUUUCUUUAUGGUUCGGUACAAAGAAUUGGACUUAUUGAUCCACAAGAGAAAUUGCUUGGUUUCAGUGCCUCAGUUGCGGAAGAAAAACACUCGAUUUGCAUAUUUACAAAUCAAAUGUAAACCUAAAGUACUGUAAAUACAAGUAAAUGUACACUUCAUACAAGGGUGGGGGGGGCAGACGCUACAGAACAAUAAUGUUUUAUGAUAAUUAAUAAUCUUUUACAAACAGGUGAGGUACCUGUAUGACUGAAGUCCUGUAGCGUUCACUGUGAGAACGGAACUGGAGGAGUCUGUUGGAAGGUUUUCACGUUUGUAGUAGUAAUUAGCUAGAUUUACUUGUGACUGGAAAACAAUAACGACAUGAACAAAAACUACACUUUUCCAUUACUUUAAAACCAAAGUACAGCAUGUACCGAACCGUGAUUAUGUCGUAGCGUUACACCCCGAUUACGAUUUGGUACAACGAUAGAUUGUCAUUUGAGUAGAUUAGACAGAACAAGCAGAAGUGGAAAAAAAAACAUAAAAAUACAGCAGCAGAUACUAUCAUGUACUCAAAUACUUUACGGUUGUCGUAAACUUGAGACAUAGCUGAUUUUGUUUCUUCGGCAGUUACUUUUACGUCAGCGUGUUGAUGAAGUAACACGAAGGAAAAGUACUGUAUGUAUAUUACUACGUGUCAACCGUGUCCAAAUCUUGAGUGUAUAAGGAAGGGAAGACACUUUGUAUAUACUAAUAAUAAUAAUAUGGAUUAUUAUUAUUAUGACUUUGUAUAUAAUGUCUUAAGUCAGCAUACCUUGUCUUAGCUAUUUUUUGUACAACAGAGUAUAAUGCACAUAUUGAAGACCGAGUAGUGUAGGGUCAGUGACACAUUAUGACGUUAUGUAACAGAUCCAUGUCAAAAAUGUGAGUGAAGGACGCCUCCAAAUAUGGAGGUGAGUCAAAGAGCUCGCCCCCACCCACACAGAAACAAAUAAUCCCAUAUAUAUGUACUACCGCUCAAAAUAUUGGGAUCAUUUGCAAUUUUUUGGUUUUAUGUCCACGUUAUUUUGUGAGGCGUCACCCCAAGAUGCGAGGACACAACCAAUAACGUAAAGACAACACGCCAACGUGAAAAGUAGUGAAAUAACGAAAAAAAGCUAAGAGGCGGGAGAUGAUUUGAAACAAAGAAUCAGAUUGAUUUUGGCCAGUUUUUAACUUACGACUUUAGGAAUUUACGACUUUAUUGUCAUAAUAUUACAACUUUUUUUUCUCCCAAAUUCACAACUUUAUUCUUGUGAAUUUACAACUUUAUUUUUGUAAUACCACAACUUUUUUCCUCCUAAAUGUAUGACUUUUUUUCUUAAAUUUACGACUUUAUUCUCAUAAUAUCAUGGCUUUUUUCCUCCUAAAUUUACAUACAUUUUUCUAAAAAAUUUACAAGUUUAAUGUCAUCAAUUUACAACUUAAUUUUCACAAUAUUUUUUUUCCUCCUAAAUUUACUUUUUUUGUAAUAUUGGAACUUUUUUCUCCUAAAUGUACAACUUUAAUGUCACUGAUUUACAAGUUUAUUUUCAAAAUAUUUGGACUUGUCUUCCUAAAUUCAUGACUUUUUUUCUCUUCAAUUUAUGACUUUAUUCUCAUUAUAUUACUUCUUUUUUCCUCCUAAAUGUACAACUUUUUGUGUAAUAUUGCAACUCUUUUCUCUGAAAUUUACAACUUAAUUUUCACAAUAAUUGGACUUUUUUUCCUCCUAAAUGUACUACUUUUUUUGUAAUAUUGCAACUCUUUUCUCCAAAAUUUACUUUAAUGUCAUAAAUUUACAACUUAAUUUCCACAAUAUUUUUACUUUUUUCCUCCUAAAUUGAUUUUUUUUCUCAUAAAUUUACGACUUUACUCUCAUAUUACAACUUUUUUUGUCCUAAAUUCACAACUUUAUUCUUGUGAAUUAUCUCAUAAAUUAAGACUUUCUUUUCAUAUUACAACUUUUUUCUCCUAAAGGUAUGACUUAUUGUCAUGAUAUUCCUACUUUUUUCUCCAAAAUUUACAACUUCAAUCUCAUAAAUUCACUACUUUAUUAUCGUAAUAUACCGACUUUUUUUUGCCUAAAUUAUGACUUUAUUUAAUGUUUAAUUUCAGAUUAUUCUAGUUCAAUGUGGCCCUAAUAGUCACAUAUUUAAUUUGAUAAACAUUUUUAAUCAUUUGACAUCCCUAAUCUUUACUAGAGGAAUGAAAUUUGCCACGUUUGUGACAAAUAUUGGUUGUUUUUUUAGGAAACCAAACCAAAAAUUAGCAAGUGAUCCCAAGCGUUUGAGCUCUUAAUAUUGCCAUGCCAUAUUUAAGGACAGUUUGUGUUCUAAAGAAUGUCUAAGUCUAUAUUUAUUUUUCUAUCCAUCUGUGCUUUAUAUGGUAGCAGUGCAGUAGAGAAGAAUCUAUCUUAACCAGAGUAUGGUGCACUACGAUACAUUUGACUGUACUGUAUCCCUCACUGUCUGUUACACGACGAAAGGACAUAGCAAACUAUUUUUAUAGCGACGCCUGCUUUGAAUAGCAAAUAUAACACGUAUGAUUGUGAGCCGUGGUCUUUAUUUAUCGUAUGGAGGAUAGUUAAGGUUUAAAAAUGAAUGACGCUAAAAGAAUGAUGAUACUAUGGUGCUCCCGGCGUUGUACACCUGACAAUACGGUUUUCCAUGUAUUUACCACAUGUACAGUGGCUCCCCACGUAUUCACAAUUCAGCAUUUUUGCCACCCUGCAAAUUUGCAUUUCAUGCGGCUCAAAAUUUCGAGACUCGGGACGUCAUCAAACCAAUUGCCUGUCUCACUCACGUGGAUCACACCAUGUAACUUUACCACACAGAUAAACUACUAUUUUAUACCAAUGUGCAACCCGCAAGGCAUGCUGGAGGGGGCUUCCCAGCAUGUCUUGUGAGUUAUAAAGUCAUAUAAAUUGCAUGUGUAUUAGUGUAUUUUCAUAUUGUGUUUCAACACAUGUGUUACGUAUUUGUGGUUGCACCGUGAGUGAGGUCAGUAGGCAUUGGGGUUGAUGAACCCCUGUUGGUUUACAACCCAGGCUUGAUCAAAGUGUCAAAAGAAGACAUGUUGGAAUGCAAACCCUGGGAAUAUCGGAGAUCCACUGUACUGAGUUUUUGAUUUUUUUUUUUUUCAUUAUUUUCCUUCUGCUUUCUGUUGAAGCACAAGCAUGUGUUAUGUUUCCUGAUGUUCUCCAGACUCGCUUGGUGGAGCUUUUCAGCAGCUUCUAACAGGAAUCAUGCACACUGACAAAUGUCAGUUCAUUGCCAAAAAAAAAACACAUCGUAUACCUGUACAUUCUGAAAACUGGUGCUAUUUCUAAACAGCUGUGGUGCUUUUUUUUAUUCAUCAUUUCCUUGCUUCAGACACAAUGUAGCGACAUGUGUGUUGUACUGUAGGAUCUGAAUGUGUGUGUGUGUGGUAUUUGCUGUUUCAGGGACAUGGCUAAAAUCCAGAGGCAAAUAUUUGAACUCAUCCUCAUGAUGAUUUGCUGGGGAAUAUGGUCUACUUGUUUAUUUUCAUGUCAACGCGGUGCUUUGAUGAGGCUGACUGCAAAUAGAAUGUGAUGUG